UGAAGCCAGAGGGGCCGGGGCGGCCGGUCCGAGGGGUGCUUUUGCGCACCGAGCCGUCGUGGGAACAGGAUCUGGUUCCUGGAGAGGCCAGAGAGAGAGGCAGAGGUUUGUGCUGGGACUGGAGGAAGGGGGUGCCUUCUCAGAGAGCUUGGAGACGGGUGCGAGGCUUGACAUUUGAGUGAUCAUCCUGGAAGUUGGAUAAUGGCAGCCGAAGUUCCAGCACUGACCACUCCCCUCAGCCCAUUGGUUCAGGUACCUCAAGACGAAGAUGAACAGGCGGAGGUUACCACUAUGAUCCUGGAGGAUGACUCAUGGGUGCAGGAAGCAGUGCUGCAGGAGGAUGGCCCUGAGUCCGAGCCCUUUCCCCAGAGUGCUGGAAAGGGCAGCCCACAGGAGGAAGGGGCAGCCGGGGGGCCUCAGGGUGCACUUGUCCGGUUUCGGGAGCUCUGUCGACGCUGGCUGAGGCCAGAGGUGCACACGAAGGAGCAGAUGCUAACUGUGCUGCCAAGGGAGAUUCAGGCCUGGCUGCAAGAGCACCGGCCAGAGAGCAGCGAGGAGGCUGUGGCUCUGGUAGAAGACUUGACCCAGACCUUUCGGAGCAGUGAUUUUGAGAUACAGAGUGAGAAUGGGGUGAACUUAAAUCAGGACAUGUUUGAGGAUGCGGAAUCGCACGAGAUGUUCUUGAAAAUACCCGGAGGUCAAGGUCAGCAAUCCGAUGGGGAGAGUGACUGUGAGAGAGACUGUGGCUCCGGGGCCGCCCAGGGAAGGGCCCCCGGGGAGGCCCACAGGGACAGGCCAUCCGGAGGAAGGGAGGCUGGCCAGCUGAUAGGCCUGCAGGGCACCUACCUGGGCGAGAAGCCUUACGAGUGUCCCCAGUGCGGGAAGACGUUCAGCCGGAAGUCCCACCUCAUCACGCACGGACGGACCCACACGGGAGAGAAAUACUACAAGUGCGCCGAGUGCGGGAAGAGCUUUAGCGACGGCUCCAACUUCAGCAGACACCAGACCACCCACACGGGAGAGAAGCCUUACAAGUGCAGGGACUGCGGGAAGAGCUUCAGCCGGAGCGCCAACCUCAUCACCCACCAGCGGAUCCACACGGGGGAGAAGCCGUUCCAGUGCGCCGAGUGCGGCAAGAGCUUCAGCCGGAGCCCCAACCUCAUCGCGCACCAGCGCACGCACACGGGCGAGAAGCCCUACUCCUGCCCCGAGUGCGGCAAGAGCUUCGGCAACCGCUCCAGCCUCAACACGCACCGGGGCAUCCACACCGGCGAGAAGCCCUACGCCUGCAGGGAGUGCGGCGAGAGCUUCAGCUACAACUCCAACCUGAUCCGCCACCAGCGGAUCCACACCGGGGAGAAGCCAUACGCGUGCGCGGACUGCGGCCAGAGCUUCAGCCAGAGCUCGGCGCUCAUCACGCACCGGCGCACGCACACGGGCGAGAGGCCCUACCAGUGCGCCGAGUGCGGCAAGAGCUUCAGCCGCAGCUCCAACCUGGCCACGCACCGGCGCACGCACCUGCCGGAGAAGCCCUACCGCUGCGGCCUGUGCGGCAAGGGCUUCAGCCAGAGCUCCAGCCUCAUCGCGCACCAGGGCGUGCACACGGGCGAGAAGCCCUACGAGUGCCCGACGUGCGGCGAGAGCUUCAGCUGGAGCUCCAACCUGGCCAAGCACCAGCGCACGCACACCGGGGAGCGGCCCCACGAGUGCGACCAGUGCGGCCGGCGCUUCGGCCAGCGCUCGCAGCUGGCGGCGCACCAGCGCACGCACACGGGCGAGAGGCCCCACCGGUGCCUCCUGUGCGGCAAGAGCUUCAGCCGGGGCUCCGUCCUGCUGAUGCACCAGCGGGCCCACCGCGGGGACAAGCCCUACCGCUGCCCCGAGUGCGGCAAGGGCUUCAGCUGGAACUCCGUCCUCAUCAUACACCAGCGCACCCACACCGGGGAGAAGCCCUACAAGUGCCCCGACUGCGGCAAGGGCUUCAGCAACAGCUCCAACUUCAUCACUCACCAGAGGACUCACCUCAGAGAGAAACUUAGCUGAGAGGGCGGCAGGGCAAGGGGAGGGCUCCCACCGGGCCCCAUUGUUCCUUUAAAAGAAACGCUUGUCCGUAAUACGCUGUGAGUUUCUGCCAGAACCGCACCCUGUCUGUCCUCAUUUCUAGGAUACCGUUAUCUUAGUGGAGUCCUGUGCAGUUGAGUGGAGUAUAGGAGCGGAAGGUUGGAAGGCAGGUCUUCUCUGUUCGCUGAUUGCCCUCCCCCAUGUUCCUGUGUUCUUCCGAGCCGUGUGUGAAGACAGUUUGGUCUGCAGUCUAGGCUGAGCCCUCAGACAAACACUGGACACUAUUUGUGUGGCUCUGAUUGUGUCGCUGUCACUUUGUGCCCGUAAGGUGCCUUUACCCCCAGCUGCUAGCGCUCCAGCCCCCUCACCCGCCCGAGACUCUUGCUGGCUUUGGUGUCAGGUCAGGAAGCUAGAUCUUCUCCAAUUCUGAACCAUCGACGUGAAGGAAAGGCCUUUUCCAGUUCAGAGUGUUGAGAGCGCAUUCUGGGAAGUGUGGCCUGGAACUGGCGUCCCAGUGUGUUCCCUUGGUAAAAGGGACGGUGACUGCCAGGAAUGGCUUAGACUUGUGCACGCAGUCCCAUGGGACGUGGCUGUGCGGGGAGCACUUGUGGACACACGGUUUUGUGUUUGGAGCUCGAUGUCUGUGUCCUCCACCCGUCCGGUAGCUUCUGCCCCAUUAGAGUGAAACAGUCCUGUGUGCUGUAGGCGGUACCUGCAUUUCUAAACCACUGUGUGUUUUUUUGCUCCUUGUUCAUAUUUUACACACACACAGCAUGUGUAUGGAAACAAGAUCCCAUGUAGCUCA